UUAGAAAGGGCGAUAUAGAGGCGGCGCAGCUUUCGGCCUAAACCCACAGCCUCUCGCCGCGUCGCGCGAGUCCCUCGCGCCGCGCCGCUCCCUCGACCAUGGCGCCGGGCCUUAAGAAGCGCAAGCACGUGGACCGCAACGACAAGUGGUACGUGCUCGCCAAGGAGCAGGGCUACCGGUCGCGCGCGGCCUUCAAGCUCGCGCACAUCAACAAGGAGUUCGACAUCAUCGGCGCGAAGACGCGCGUCGUCCUCGACCUCUGCGCGGCGCCCGGCGGGUGGGCCCAGGUCGCGGCCAAGGCCGCGGGCCGCGGCGCGGCCGUCAUCGCCGUCGACCUGCUUCCCAUCCGGCCGAUCCCGAACGUGCGGACCAUCGUCGGCGACAUCACCAUGGACACGACGCACCAGCACGUGAAGCGCGAGGCGCGGGAGGCCCUCGCCAAGUUCCGCGACGACGACGGCGAGGGCCGCGCGGGCCGCCACGUCGACGUCGUCUUAUGCGACGGCGCGCCGAACGUCGGCGCGGCCUACAACAAGGACGCCUUCGUCCAGAACGAGAUCGCGCUGUUGGCGCUCAAGUGCGGCGUCGAGUGCGGCCUGCGCCGCGGCGGGUCCUUCGUCACGAAGGUCUACCGCGGGCAGGACUACAACGCGUUGACGUGGGCCUUCGGGCGCCUGUUCGAGCGCGUGCGCGCCACCAAGCCCGCGUCGUCGCGCGCGCAGUCCGCGGAGAUCUUCGUGGUCUGCUCGGGCUACCUCGCGCCCCAGAAGGUCGACCCGAAAUUGUUGGACCCGAAGCACGUCUUCGGCGAGUUGGGAGGCGGCCUCGACGACGCGAAGCCGCUCGGCGUGCUCCACCCGCAGGCGGGCAAGAAGAAGCGCCAGCGCCAGGGCUACGCCGACAACGACUCGGGGCUGCUCGUCAUGCCGACGAUGACGGCGCUCCAGUUCCUGCGCCACGCGGACCCCGCGCAGAUCCUCGCGGAGCGGUCCGCGAUCGUCUUCGACGGCGCGCCCGACGCCGUCUGCCAGCACAAGGCGACGACGGCCGAGGUCCGGGCCUGCGGCGAGGACCUCAAGGUCCUGAGCAAGGGCGACUUCCGCGUGCUGCUCAAGUGGCGCGAGAAGCUGCGCAAGGCCGACGCGCACGCGCUCGGCGACGACGAGGUCGUCGACGAGUCCGACGACGCCGCGAGCGACGACGACGAGGUCAGCGUCGAGGACGACGACGACGACGCCGAGGCCGAGGACGUCGACAGCGACGACGAGGUCAUGGCCCAGAUCGCCGCGGCGAAGAAGGCCGUCGCGGCGGACGCGCGGCGCGAGAAGAAGCGCGUCGCCAAGGCCGCGGCGAAGGCGCGCGCGCGCCGCGGCGCGGGCAUCGUCGAGCAGUCGUCCGUCGAGCUCGGCCGCGACGAGGACAUCUUCUCCUUCGCCGCGGCGCAGAAGGCCGGCGGCGUCGACGCGCUCGAGGACCAGCAGCCCGAGGACGAGGAGGGGGAGGAGGACGGCGCGGACCGCGCGCGCGGCGGCCCGCGGCGCGGCCAGAAGCUCGCGGAGAAGUACGAGGCCUACGGCGACGACGCCGAGCGCGGCGCGGCCAUCGAGGACCAGCUCGACGCGUCCUACGAGGCCUUCGCGGACCGCCGCGCGCAAAAGUCCGGCGCGCCGCGCGUCGAGAAGCAGCGCCGCGCGAAGAAGUACCGCGACGCCGUCGCCGCGGAGCUCGUCUCCGAGGACAUGGCGCUCGCCGAGGGCGACGUCGACGACUACGCGGCGCACCUCGGCCGCGACGGCGACUCGGCGUCGAGCGGCGACGACUCGUCCGACGACGACCUCGACCCCGCGGCCCAGCGGUCCGCGAGCCGCUGGUUCUCGAACCCGCUCUUCGACGACGACGGCGCCGGCGACGGCGGCGACGCCGUCCCCGCCGACGCCGCGGGCCGCGCGGCCGCGCUGAAGGCGCUCGCGGCGACGGCCAUGCCCAAGAGCGACAAGGAGCUGCGGCGCGAGAAGCGCAAGAAGGCCUCGGAGCGCCAGGAGCGGCGCGACAAGCGCAAGAAGCUCGACGAGGGCGGCGAGGACGACGCGCUGCACGUCGUGCCCCGGUCGGCCGCCGCGGACGCCAAGUCGCGCGCGGGCCUCGCGGCCCUCGCGCGCCUCACGCCGGCGCAGCGCGCGGCGCGCGAGGCCAAGGAGGCCGCGGCGACGGCGCUCAUCAAGGCGGGCGUCGGCGCCGCGAAGCACGACGGCGCCGAGGGCUUCUCCGUCGCGCCGAUGACGGCGGCGCUCGAGCGCGAGCGGAACCCCUUCGAGCAGGCGGAGCAGACCUACCUGAGCGACAGCGAGGACGACGACGACAAGGCCGAGACGCUCGCCCUGGCGACGAUGAUGCUCCGCAAGUCCAAGGCCAAGGAGCUCGUCGACGCGAGCUACAACCGCUACGCCUGGAACGACCCCAAGGACCUGCCGUCCUGGUUCCUCGACGACGAGAAGCGCCACUACCGGCCCCAGCUGCCCAUCAAGCCCGCCCUCCUCGCCGAGAUGAAGCAGCGCUUCCAGAAUCUCGCCGCGAAGCCCAUCGCCAAGGUCGCCGAGGCGCGCGCGCGGAAGAAGACGCGCGCGGACGCGCGCCUCAAGGCCGCGAAGCGGAAGGCCGAGGCCGUCGCCAACGACCCGGACAUGUCCGCGGGCCGCAAGCUCAAGGAGGUCGAGAAGGCCAUGGCGCGCGGCACCGCGCGCGACGCGCGGCCCGACAAGAUCUACGUCGUCGCGUCCAAGUCCAAGUCCGGCGUCAAGAAGAAGACGAGCGCGCCCAAGGGCGCGGCCAAGGGCUCCCGCGUCGUCACCGUCGACAAGCGCAUGAAGGCCGACAAGCGCGCCAUCAAGGCCCAGGACAAGCGCAAGAAGAAGUUCGGCAGCGGCAAGCGCGGCCGCAAGUAGCCGCGCGCGCCCUAACGCGACCUUUGCCCUCGUU